AUGGGUGCAUCAAAAUUUGAAAAAGUUCCAUUCGAAGACGCGCUGAAUAUGACUGGUUUCGGCAAAUUCAACUACUUGAUGAUGUUGCUUGUGUCGAGUAUUAUCAUGGGAAUGGCAUUUGAGAUCGUAUCAGUGGCAUACCUCGUGCCAGCUAGCGCGUGUGAACUGGAAACCAUCAGCUCCCAGCAGGGUCUGAUGGCAGGAACUCCUUUGGUCGGUAUUAUAGUGACGUCACAUUUUUGGGGUUACUUAGCGGAUACUAAAGGGAGACGCAAGAUCCUCUGCUGGUGUCUCUCUCUCGGAUUCACUGCCGGCGCACUCACCUCUCUAUCACCGAAUUGGAUGGUAUUUGUCUUAUUGAAGUUCGCUUCUUCUUGUGGUGUCGCUGGGACGUACGCGUUAGCACUGACCCUGCUCAGUGAGUGCACGCCAGAGAAUAGGAGAUUUGCCAUGAUAGUGCUCACGAACAGUGUCUUUCUUGGGUCCAGUGGAUUAAUGGCAAUUCUCGCAAUACCAGUGCUCCCGCUCACUUUCUCGUACUAUAUCCCAUUCCUCAAAAUCCACUUAAACUCCUGGCGACUCUUGAACCUUCUUUAUAGUCUUCCGUGUGCGCUGGGUGCCAUUGGAAUCUCAUGUGCGUACGAAAGCCCGAAGUAUCUACUCAGCGUUGGACAGGAAGAGGAGGCUUUGAAAGUUCUGAAGAGAAUUCACUUUAUUAAUAAAGGAAAAACGUCCGAAUUUGAGGUGAAAUCAGUCACGUUAAACGAAGAAAGUGCAAGAAACGUGCAAGGAUUAUGGGCGUCCAUCGUGUCUCAGACAGUACCGUUGUUGAAGCCGCCCCUACUGAAGAACACUUUGAUAUUGUCCGUGAUGUUCGUGUUGGUGUACUUUUGCUUGAAUCCAUAUAUGGUUUGGUUGCCUUAUAUCGCCGAUGGUAUAAUGAGGUCCAUGGAGAGAGGAGAAAGCAAUAUCACGUUUUGUCAAAUGUUGCAGACGUCAUUGGACGCUAGCACAGAACAGACUGCGAACUGUGGUUUAAACCAAUUCGCCAUGAGCAUGGUGUUCGGCAUAAAUCUGUUUCUGGCGAUUCUCAACAGCGUGCUGAGCACUGUCAUACAUUUUUGUGGCAGGAAGACCCUUCUCCUUACAAUUCAGCUCACGUCAGGAGUGGCUGGUCUACUUAUAAACGUCACUGGCAAUUGGAUCAUCAGCCUCGUUCUUUUCAUUAUUUUUGUAUCAGGUGUCCUCAACUUUGGAUACCUUUCGACCUUUAGCGUUGAUAUUUUCCCGACGUAUGUCAAGGCCAUGGCAGUUUGCUUGACGCUGAUGGUCGGUAGAGGCAGCUCGGUACUAGGCAUCAACAUUCUCAAGCAGUUGUUGGUGAACAAUUGCGAGGUCUCCUUCUACUUCUUUGCAGGCCUCACGUUUGUUGGUGGCCUAAUUGGGUUCCUGCUACCUCCAGACAUUAAAAGAAAGAAGAUCUGA